UAAUGUCUGGGAAUUCAAAGCCGGUUAUUGCUUUUGCUUGAAAUUAUAAAUUAUUUCUUUACUUUAGCAGUUGAUAGCUAUGGAUCCGUAUACGGACCUGAAAAAAACGCAAAUAGAAAUAGUAGAAUCCAAGCCUGAUAAACCCUCUCUUCGAAGUGUGCAAACUGAAUCAUAUGGCAAUCCUAAAAAAGCACAGUAUAAAGCCAUUCAAGAUUUCAGUCGAGCCCAUGUACAAUCAUUCAACUAUAUGCUGGACGAAGGCUUAAAUCACAUGAUUCAAAAUAUUCCUCCUCUUGAAAUUGGUCUAGCCAACGGUGAUCAAAUAAAAGUACAAUUUAGGAGGUGCUGGAUAGAUCCGCCUGCAAUCAAGCGUGGUACAGUUGCGAAGACUAACAGAGUAUAUCCUUCAGAGUGUCGUGGUCGACAUGUUUCCUACAAAGGAGGGUUUCAAGUAUCACUUUCAUGGACUUUAAAUGGUGUUGUUCAAGAAAUCAUAGAAAAACCUGUUGGUGAAAUUCCAAUUAUGGUUAAGUCACGGGCAUGCAAUUUGAACAAUCUCACGCCAAGUCAACUUGUUGCUGUUGGUGAAGAGGAAAGUGAAUUUGGUGGUUAUUUUGUUAUUAAUGGUCUCGAAAAGGUUGUCAGACUUUUGAUAAUGCAGAGGAGAAAUUAUAUGAGUUUCGGUUUUACAUGGAUGUGA